CAUGAGAGCUGACACCACGUUGCGGCAGACAACAUUAUUAUUACAACGGGCAUUUUCUUAUCUUGUUUGGCACAGCUGAGCUAUCGAUUAAUGCUGGUAGUUGUUGAGUUGAUAACUCGGUGUCCACGUCACAGUCUGCUUCUAUAUAAGUUUGCGUGAAACAAGCUAUUACAACUACUUCUUAUCUUCACCAAAAUCGUACUUAACUCGUCAGCGAUAUGGAAGCCGUUGAGAAUAUGUUCGAGGACUUGGGUAUUGACUGGCUUUACCCGCUAUCAGUUUCCCUUGGCCACAUCGCAGUUGUCUUUAUCGUAUGUCAUAUAUUGCGGCUAGUCAACAGAAAACUACUUCCGAAGUCUGUGCGACCCUACGUCAGCGAAGUGAUAUGCAUGUAUCAUUUGACCGCCUGUGUGUUCGAGAAUGGCAUGGUCGUGGCGCCGAGAUAUGGGGUUUCGGCGUUCGCCACUCUGUUGUUCUGCUGUGCAAUUGGCUUCGGGCUGACCUUCGAUGGCCACGGCAAUCCUUGCAGCAUUUUGAACGAUUUUUUACAAAAGAGAACGAGCCUGUUGACCACUGUUUGCAAAACUGCAUUCAAUGUUCUGGGUGGUUUCAUUGCCUUGCUUCACCUCAAGUCGAUAUGGAGCAUUGGUAUAUUGGAACACCAUAUGGAAAUCAUCGAGACACAGGCAACACAGCAAUGUCCGUCAGCCAUGCAAACUACAAUGGCUCUUGGCAUGAUGGCUGAAUUCUCUGCCACGAUGGUCAUUCGCUUUCAGGCUGGAUUUGAAUUUGGUGGAAAGAACUUUGCUGGCAUAGUGUUUGCCAUCUUGGUAGUGUCAUUCACUCUGGCAGGUGCUCAAUAUACUGGAAUGUUUUUAAACCCAGCCCUUGCCACAGCUUUUACAUUCAACUGUGCCGACCACCCAGUAUAUGAACAUUUAUUGGUAUAUUGGGUUGCUCCUUAUCUCGCCACCAUUCUUGUAUUCUUCAUUGUCAAGUACAUGAAGAAGACUCCAAAAAGACGACGUGGUGGGGGCAAGUCAAAACAGAAUGGCGUCCCUAAGCAGAAAGUGCAAAAAAAUGGGAUCGUAAAAGAAGAAGGAAAAAGUGAAGGAAAGGGCAAAAAAAAAGCAAGGAAGAGAUAUUAAAGGAUAUACUAUUUCUUGUGGGUUAUCCAUUACAUCCAACUUAAUUCUUUUACAGCUGCGUAGUUGUCUCGCAUAAAUCAUACUCAAUAAAUUUCCUUUCAAAAAA